AUGGUGACCCUGGGGAUUCAGCUGGAUCAAGUAACAUCUGCUCCUCCACUGGAGGUACCCAAGCUUGCCUGCAACAUCGCAGAUGUCAGCGUGUCGCCAUGGCCGGAUAAAAGUUAUAAUAUAUCGCAGUUAAAAUGUGAAGAUAUUAUGGCUAAUAUGCCAGGGCCACCUCCUGAGUACGACAAUGUGUUGAGAUACACUGUUUCAAUGAUACUCAUCCUUGUACCCUUGUUGACUGUCUUUGGAAAUUGUGUUGUGAUUCUUGCAGUAAUUACCCACCGGAAACUGCGAACUCCCACCAAUGCCUUUGUUGUAUCGCUAGCGGUUGCAGACAUGUGUGUGGCCCUGUUUGUCAUGCCCUUUUCCAUCUACCAACAAUUUACCAACAAGGUUUGGCUUCUCGGAGAAGUCUUGUGUAAACUCUCUUCCAGUCUGGACGUCAUGAUGUGCACUGUAUCCAUCUUCCACCUCUCCUGCCUGGCCAUCGACCGAUACCUGGCCAUCUGCCGUCCAUUUCUUCACGAGCGUCUCACUUUCAGGUGGGUAGGCGUCAUGCUUGCCCUCUGCUGGCUAACGCCCAUUUUUAUUUCAUUUAUCCCGAUCUUUAACGAGUGGAACCACAUUGGGAUUGAAGACAUCAUCACCUGCGCUUUCCCAGCUGAUGAUAACGCCUGCGCGUUUAUUGUCAACAUCCCUUUUGCCAUCAUCGGUUCUCUUAUUGCCUUCUACAUCCCUGUAGCCUUUAUGGCUGUGUGCAAUGUGAAGAUCUACAUGGCUGCCAUAAAGCAAGCACAUCAGAUUCGAACCCUGGAGGCUGCGGGGAAUCACUACCAUUUCAGCCAUUGUAAGAGAAAAAGCAAGUUUAAACAAGAAUCCAAAGCUGCAAAAACUCUGGGAAUCAUAAUGGGCUGUUUUUCUGUCUGCUGGUUUCCCUUUUUCAUCAUGAAUGUUAUUGAUCCACUAAUCGGAUAUUCGAUUGCAUACAUCCCCUGGCAGAUUGCCUUGUGGCUUGGCUACAUCAAUUCUCUGAUGAACCCUCUGCUGUACUACUACUUCAACAGAAACUUUUACAAUGCAUUCCGCCGCUUGCUCUCGUGUAAAGUGUGUAAGGGAGUUCGCGACUAUGAAGAGGACGCUCUGACCACAACAACGCAGAUGUCGGAAUGA